AUGAUUUUAUUAUCCUUAUUGCUUUAUAAUGAGGAGAUGCUGGAAUUUCUAGUUCGAACCCAAAUCAUACAACCACCUGUUGAUACAAGAGUGCUCCUGGGCCAGACAGCAACGCUUCAAUGUAAAAUCUCCUCGGAUCCCCUUGUCCCUUACCAACUAGACUGGUUUCGUGAUAAACAGAUGAUCAAUCCAAGAGCCACCCAACGAAUACGAAUCUUAGACGAUGGCACUCUAGAAAUAGAAGCCGUUCGGGCUUCUGACGUUGGCCACUACACCUGUGCUGUUCGCUCUCCUGGAGGCAACGAUACUAGAUCAGCGAAGUUGUCUGUCAUCGAGCUGCCUUUUUCCCCAACAAACGUUAAAGCUGAGAAAUUGGACACCGGGACGCAGAGAGCUGUUAACGUCAGUUGGACGCCCGGAUUCGACGGCAACAGUCCCAUAAAAAAGUAUAUAAUUCAAAAGAGGGAAGUUCCCGAACUAG